GUGAGAAUGAACUCCAAUUUGAAGAUGAUUCGGUCCCUGCUGAGGGAGAUUAGGGCGAUAUCGAGUGAGGGGAAGAUCAAGGAUAAUAUUGCUGUGCAGUAUGUGAUGGAGCAGGCCAGGGCGCACAGGGAGACGUCGGAGACUCUCUGCAAGGCUCGGGAGGAGAUGGAGCACUUGGCGGAGACGUACAACUGUUAUUUGGCGUCGUUGAGGAGUUACAAACAGAUUAAUACGGAGUAUGCUGGGGCUGGGGAGAGGAGCGUCAGGGAGACGGCUGAUUUAGUUGGGUUCAAGCUUCCACAUGAUCCCAAGUGAAUUAAACAGUUAUCUAUUGUGAGUUGGAUUUGUAAUCGUAGAUGAGGUAUUAUUUGUAUUAAAGAUAUGAUGAGUUUAGUAUGCAA